CAGCGGACUCCUCGCAGCUUCUUCCCCCCUCCUAAACCCUAGCCUGCGCCCCGCGAUCCGGCGAAACCCUAGCCCAACAUCGCCGUCGCAUGGAGCCCCGGGGCUACGACUACGGCGGCGGCACCGGCGGCAAGAUCCGCCGCCGCCCUCCCUCCCGCGCUGCCGCCGCCUCUCCCUACGCGCGCCCCGCCCCCGCCCCCGCCCCUGCGGCCUCCGCCGCGGCGGCGGCGUCGGCUUCGCAGGGCGGCGGGUGGUUCUCCCGGAUCAUUUCCGCCGGCGCCUCGCGCCUCCUCCCUUCCCUGUUCCCGAAGCCACCUCCUCAGCUCACUGCGCCGGUCCCGCCGCCGCCGGAGCCGCUCGAGAAGCCGCCGUCGCGCGAUCUGCUGCUCGAGGCGCGCUCGGAGCCUCUCGACGCGCUGCCCUCGCUGCUGCCCCCACCGUUAGAGGAUAAUCUUCCACAAGGUGAAGAAAACAGUGGAGCAAUUGCCAAUGAUAAUCUGUGUGAUCCUCAAAGUUCUGUUAAGGAAAAAGAGGAAGUUCUAAGAAAUUUUGAUAACCAUUGUGGUAUGGAUCUUGAAGAGCUGUUGAAGCAGAAAACUUUCACAAGGACUGAAUUUGAAUAUUUGGCUGAGUUAUUAUGGUCUAGAACUAUUGGAUCAAAUUCAUUGAAGCCUGAAGAUGGUAGCUUUAGCAAAAUGCCAAUGUCUGAGCAGGAUAAUGGAUCUAGACACUCCAGCUUACCAGUUGAUUUCUCCAUUACAAGAUACAGUGUUGCAGAUCAAGUUGCCUCGCCAGCCGAAAUUGCGAAAGCAUAUAUGGGUUCAAAAUCUUCUAAGGGUUCCCCUUUACGCCUUAGAUUGCAUGAUCCCUCCUCUAUACCUAUCAAAUCAACUGAAGCUAGUAUGAUACAAAAAACUAAACCUCCCACAAUACCUCUUCUCCAAAGCUCAAGAUUACAUGUUUCCAAAACUUCUGGUCGUCCUGAAAGUAACUUUACAACUCCGAAUCGAUCAGCAAUCUACAAAAUGUCAUCAUCUCCUUAUUUUAAGAGUGGUGUUUCAUCGAAGGAUAUAUCAAGUACUGUAUCUUCACCUUAUCAGACCCCCAGUAGUGUCCAUACUUUUGGCAGGCAGGUCUUGAAGAGGAAGAGUAGUGCUGUCAACAAUGAGAUUGUAUCUGUUGGUCCUGUGCGCAGAAUGCAUCAAAGAUAUAACAGAACAUCACCGCUGUUGGAAACACGGCCAGGUUACUGUAGAUAUCUUGGGGGCCAUGGAAGCAAUGUUGAUGAAGGUUCUGAGCAACUGGCACAGACUCAGAAGCGUCGUUGUGUGAGUAGAGUUGGUGAUGCAACUCUUGGCAGCAUAGAUGACAAAGUUCACGCAAACAGUUUUGGUCAGGCUCCAGCGCAGUCAGCUGAGAUGGCUGCUAAGAUACUGAAGCAGCUUGACACAUUAGUUCCUGCGCAAAAUGAAAACAUGUCAGAAUUAAGGGAGAAACAUGGGAAUGCUAUGGAUGCCAGAAAUCUUAUUUCUCAAGAAAAGGAAGUAUCAGCCCAGAGUAAUCAUUUGGAACCCUCGCCAUCAGAGGUUAAGGAUACCCCAGCUUCAGGGACUGAAAAGAUGGUUGAUGCUACAUCAAACAAGUCUGAUAAUAAAAAGCCUUCAACAUCUUUGAGAAGCCAGGCUCCUAAUCUGGUAUUAUCCAGUAAAAUUGACAGAAACAAAAUGCCAGUUCCAUCGAAUGGCUUCACCUUCCCUAUCCAAGCAGGCCUUGGUGCUCACUCUGUGGCUCCUCCAACACCUACAUUGGCAUCUGCGCCUAUACUACCUGUUGAGAAGCAGCAAUCUUCAGCACUAUUCCGUGCUAAUACUUCCAACGAAAGCCAUCCCAGAAUUUUGCAAUCAGUUUCUGAAGAAGGAUCAAUGGUGCAUAAAGUCGAUAACAAACUAAAUGCAGAUGCGAAACCAAUGCCUUUUAAGAAUUCUGGGCAAGGUGCAUCUUUCACGAGUAACCCUGUGUUUAAGGUUGUCAAUUCGAAGCCUACAUCCUUAAGCAAUGGCCCUGGGCAUAUGUCAAACUCUACUGUCUCAGCUCUACAGCCUUCUAGUGGAUCAACGAACUCUGCUUCAUUUCAGUCUGCUGGCUUGACCAUCUCCAUUGCAGCUUUAAAGUCUACACAGAGUAGUUCAACUGGAGGCAGUUUCACUUUCCCCAAUACUAGUAUGGGUAGUUUUGCCACCUCAAAUGUGUUUGUGGGCACAACCUCUCGAUCUGUUGCAGCACCAUCAUUGGCAUCAUCUGGUACAGGAAGCCCCAGCACUCCUUUCGGUUCCUCUCCACUCUUUGGAACUGCAAGUUCAUCAGCUAGUCUGGAUAAAUCUAAAGCACUAAGCAGCAGUACCCCUUUUAGUACCUCCCAGCAGGUCAGCAUUGCAAGUUCUUCUGCAGCUCAGGACAAAUCCAAAGCAGUGGGUAGCAGUAACCAUUUUGGCUUUUCCCAGCAGUAUGGCACUGCGAGUUCUUCAACUUCUCAGGAUAUAUCUGUCUCUCAACCAGCAGUUCUUUUUGGGAAUCAGAAUGGCCACUUAGGAAAUAGCAAUUCCCAGUUCACACAGAAUUCAGUGAAUAAUUUGAGCUUCGUGUCUCCAGAGAAGUCAGAGAAUGGUAGCUCACAAAGUUUUGCAGAUUCACAAGUUUGUUCGGCACCUUUGUGUUCUGGUCCUUUCAAUUCAGGUACUGUGUUUCCUUGGGCAGCCGGUUCGGCUUCUGCUUUUGCUGCGACUGCUCCGCCAUCUACUACAAGCUUAGGUUUUGGGUCCAGUCAAGCAUCGUCAGCAUCCCCAAUGCUUGGCAGCAAAUUGAGUACACCCGUUCCAGCUUCAUUUGGCUUGCCAAAUACUGGCUCUGCUACUUCACUUCUCAGCCCACCCCCAAGCGCUGUAUUCUCAUUCCCUUCAUCGACUCCUUCAAUACCAAAUCCUUCACCCACAACACCAUUCGGUGGUCCUACUUUACAGAUCAAUGGAGGGAACAUGGCUGCAGACGGGAAUGGGUCCCCCUUUCCGACAGCUUCGCCGUUUCUCUUGCCAAGCAGCUCGCCAUCGACUCCAACAUUCAGUACGCCUGCAACUCAGUUUUCUUCCAGUACAUCAUCCUCACCUGGCAUCUUCGGAUUUGGCCAGCAGAGUCAAGCUUCUUCAGGUGGUUUCUCGAUGGGCCCUGGUGGUGGUAAUGACAAGUCUGGCAGAAGAAUUAUCAGAGUUAAGAAAAGGAAAUGAGAUGCCAGUUUUUUUAAGUGCUGGAGAACAUGCAAUCAGUUUGGCUUGUGGCCGCCCACCCUGCAAUGCAAAUUGCUCUGGUUUUCAGGGCUGAGGCGUCUGCUUGUGUUACUUUCCUGUUUCUCUUUGUUUUGCUGAGAUAGCAAUGAGAUCCAGCCAGCCUUUGUUGAUCACAAUUUUGACACACUAAACAACAGUAGAGGUCAUUCAAUUCUGUCACUGAACUGAUAUUGCAGUAUGAUGAAAUUCAUUUGUCGAUGUCAAACUUGUAUUAUAUAAAUUCAGCUAUCAAUUCGUCCAUAUCUUUGGUGGAACAAUCACGCGAUUCCUUCUCAUUCUCCUCUUUUUGAUUUGUGUAUAGUUUUGCUUUGUUUUCUUUUCUUUUUGUUAAAGUUUUCCCCCCACUUGUAGCCCCGUUGCUUUCAAAGUGGAUUAGGGACGGUCAUGAA